AUGAAGUUCGCCGUUCUUUUUGCGCUGCUCGUCGGCGCCUUCACCCGGCUUUCCUCUGCGUCCUUGGUCACUGCCAGCUUUGAGCUUCUUUUCGCCGAAAGCUACACGGUCGAUACCUGGAAGACCGAUAUGGCCUCGGCCAAAGCGGCAGGAAUUGACGGAUUCACUCUGAUUGCCGUUCCGCCCAACUGUCAGCCUCAGGACCUCAGCUGGCAGACGGCCAGGAUCAAGGACGCGUAUGCAGCCGCAGCCACCCAGAACUUCUCGCUCAUUCCGGGAUUUGACAUGACCUAUCACUUCCGCACCGAGAACUGCCCGACUGGAAACGCCUGGAACUUGACUUAUCAAUCCACCGUGAUUUCGGACGCCAGCAACCAGCCAGCCACCUACCAUUGGAACGACGCGGUCCUGGUCGUUACACGCGGCGGCAGCCUCUAUGGGGAUGACUACUUUUCCCAGAUGAAAGCACUCCUACAACGACAGAGCGUGAACAUUAGCAUCACUCCCUACAUCGAGACCUACGUCCAGGCAGCUCAUAAGCAGGGCGAUCCUGCAAAGGAGGCCCAGUACGCGUACUCUGAUUACCCGUCCAUCGAUGGCUUCUACAAUGGCAUGGCCUGGCCUUUCAACGUUCGCCAGAACCUCACUUGUGAUGUCGACAAUGCGUUCAAGGAAGGCCUGAGUAAUGCGGGAAGGAACGGUCCUUACAUUGCGGCUGUCUCACCUUGGUACUACAAGAAUCUCAACACCAACAACCCUGCCGACAGUCAGGUCCAGUACAGUGACACCCUCUGGUACGACCGCUGGCGCAGUGUCAUUUCCGAUGCUAAGCCAGACAUUAUCAACAUUGAGAGCUGGAACGGCUGGAACAGCUCUACUUACCUACGCGAGGUGCCAGAGGAAAACAGUACUGCUCCUGGCUAUGUCAAGCUUGCUGAUCAGGGCAACUAUGUCUACGGCAUGAACCACACGUCCUGGCAGACGAUGAGCAAGCACUACGCGCAAUACUACAAGUCUGGAGCCGAGCCAGAGAUCAAGGACAACAGCCUCAUCUACUGGUACCGAGUGCACCGUAAGGAUGCCAAGUGCCAAGGAGGUGAGGCAUCCGCGACUGGUUCCGUACAGAACUUUGAUUUUCCCGAUGACUCGGUCUUCAUCUGGGCGGCGGUGCGCGCUCAGGUCGAAAUCGAGGUUUUCUUCGGCAACUCGCCGCACUCUCAAGAGAUGCGUCCUGGCUCGCCCAAGGUGACUUUCACCACAGUCAACCAGACUGGUCCUCAACUCCUGGAGCUGCCAUUCCCGGACGAUUUUCCCUUGAACGGCACCGACGUUCUCUACCCGCAUGUCAUGGUCUACGGUGCCAGCAUUCACCGCAUCGCGUACUCCAAGUAUGACAGCGUGCCGAUUACGGCAGACUGUGCGUGGGCAAAUUUCAAUCCGGUGGUAGAAAGCCUUGGAUCAGACUUCAACCAGAUAGUCGGAUGA